AUUUACAAUUGUUUGCGGUUUUGUUCCGCUAUUUUUGAAACUAAAUUUUUUCUUUGAAAUAUAUAAAGAACUCAACAAAUGGCUUCACUACAUCUUACCAUCAAUCCAGCUCUUCCAUUAUUGCGUUUGAUUCCAGAGGAUCUUUGUAAUGGAACCACGAUUGAAAUUACUGGUCAAAUGCUUCACAGAGAUAGAUUCUGUGUGGACUUUCGUGAUGGUUCUUUUGUAAACUUUCACUUAAGUGUACGUCCUUGCGACAAUAAAAUCGUACGAAAUCAUAAGAUGGACGGAGAAUGGCAAAAAGAAGAAUGCAAAGGUGGAUGUCCAAUUAAAUAUGGUGCACCGUUUAAAAUAGUUAUAGUGGUUGAAGAGGACAAGUUCAAGGUCAGUCAUUUAGUGAAUAUUUUGUAUGCGCUUAUAUCUAAAAUUGGUGGCGCCACUGGUAUAUUUGAUGGAAAAAGAAGAACAUGUUUGAGUCUCACUCGUUUAUAUGUAAAUUACAUAAACAUUUCCAGGCCAUGAGUUGAUAUAGUAUAAAAACUAUGUUUUCUUUAGAUUUGAAUCUGAUAUGAUUAGGCAAAAAUACAUUUUUGAAGGAAAAAUAUAUUAUCUGCGAGAGGCUAUUAUAAUCUAAAAAAAAAAACUUUUUAAGUUCAUGGGUUAUACUUCAAACAAAUCACACAAUAUUAGGCUUGAAACAGUAGGAAUGAAUAGAACAUUUGCGAUAAUUCAGUAUUAUCUCUAAAAUGAAGUAUCCGGUGAUUAUAUUUUAAUUUCUCUCUGUUUGGACACAAUAAAAUGUAUGCUUGAGAUUUGUUAUUCUUCAGUUUGUCGUUUUGUUCAAAGUUCGAACUAGAGCAUGCGAAGUCUUCAAGUUUA